AAUAUUAAAAUAUGGGAUAUUAUGCGUUAACGGUAUCUAUCUUACCCCGCCCUACUAUAUGACAUUUUCAUUGACACAAAAAAGGCACUUUUUUAACUUUAUACUUUUUCGUUCAAUGUCAAUUUGCUUAGGGCCGAUUGCGGUAAACUGCACUGCACCGCUUCGCGUUACCGCGUGUGAAACAGAACAUCUGUGUAAUGUAAAUAUAACUACUGUCGUUGCCUGUCACUUGCGAUUAAGUUAACACUUAUUCUUUAAUAUGCAUAUAGGUAUUUAGCAGAUUUACGCUUUUUAGUUUGGGUUAAUACUUUCAGUAAAAAGUAAAAUAUUAUAGUGGAAUAAAUGCAUUAUAAAUUUCGGCUCUUCUAGAACAGAGAUGGUUUGCUAUAAAAUGCGCAACAAAAAAAACUAGUCUCGUUUAUGACGCUAGUUUUUGAAAAAAUCUUUGCAUAUUCGUAGAACGUGGUGUAUUCUGUUAUAAUGUAACGAGAAUCCUCCAACAAUAUGAGUUCUAUAUAUCACCAGGGUCAGAUUAACGAAACUUUUUGCAAAAGCUCUUUCAGCUGAUUUAUUUUGUGCACUAAAUAUAAUUUACAAUAUGUUCGGUUUUAGCUAAGUUUGGGUUUGCAUACUAGCCAUUCGACCGUAAGAGUUCGUUUGUGUAAAAGAGAGUUUAACCUUAGGCGAGGCAGUUUAUUUCAGUGAAGCGUGUAGAGUGGAAUACCUCAACUGUAACGUUCACUAUCCCGCAGAAUGAAAUGCUUGGUUAGCUGCGAAUACACAGAGUUGCAUCUAACUCUUAACCAGACGGCAAAGCAAGGAAGUUUAUUGUGUAAUGGAACUUUAGCCUGCAUUUAUAAUGCCCCACGAGUAUUGCGGUAUACUCGGUCUAAUAUAAAAGAGAAAAGUUGUUGCAGAGAAUUACUAUAAUCAGUUUUAUUUGCAUUCUGCAGGCAGUUCAAGUUUUGUCGGCAUUGUCAAAAUAUUGACUAACCUAUCGCGUAAAGUAUACUUAUGCUGUUAGGCAUGUUAUAAAUAUGAUUGAGCUCGUUUUACAAGUUGAACUUGCUUAUAAAGGUUUCAAAAGUAUUCUGGUCAAUUUAAAUCGGAUCGCAAAACGUUGGGUCACAAAUUAACUCUUAGGUGAUUCGAAAAAUGCUCUUUAAAUAAUAAUGCUUUUCUUUCAAUGAGUAUUUUAUCACUAAUACAUACUUAAGAGUAUAUUAAGCCUAAGGCAUGUAUAGUGUAUGGCCGAUUUAUAUUUUCAGUGUUCUGUAGUUUUAGUGUACACAUUAAUAUUUAAUUCAAUAUGAAUCAAGAUGACGGUUCAACGAAAUUUGAACUAAAAAAGAAGAUCGGAUUUUUUGCGAGCGUUGCCCUAGUAGCUGGUAUGAUAGUGGGGGCUGGGAUUUUCAUUUCUCCGACAGGAGUAUUGAGAUCUGUGAACGGGAGCGUCGGUUUAAGUUUGGUGAUAUGGGUUGUAUGCGGUUUAGUUGCAAUGUGCUCCUCCCUUUGCUACUGUGAGCUUGGCACAAUGUUGAAAGCUUCAGGAGGUGAUUUCACAAACUUUAACCUUGCAUUCGGGCCAGCGUUCUCCUUCGUUUACAUAUGGUCUUCAAUAGCGAUAUAUCCUGGAGGGCCUGCAACGUUACUAAUUUUCGCCCGGUAUUUGUCAAGUCCAUUUUACCCAAUUGGGUGCAACCCGCCAGAAAGCGUAAUUAAACUGUUCGCAAUUUCACUUGCGUUUGUCCUCAUCUAUGUCAACUGCAGAAGCGUAACUGGAUCAGUUUAUUUUCAACUUACAUGCACUGCUGCUAAAUUCUUGGCUAUGCUAGUUAUCGCAACUGGAGGAAUCGUAGUCGCGAUCCAAGGCAACCCGGUAGCUACCCACAACUUCCAGCAUGCAUUUGAUUCAUCAGACUUUGAAGGCCUGACAGUACCAGACAUAGGCAGAGCCUGCUACCAAGGUUUAUUCGCAUAUAACGGUUGGCAUUUCAUUAACUCUGUUACUGAAGAGAUCUCCAACGUACAGCGGACGUUGCCACGCGCUUCUAUCGUGUCCGUGGUGUUAGUAAUGACCGUUUACUUGCUCGUCAACAUUGGAUAUUUCUCGGUUUUAACAGUGGAAGAAAUGCUCUCAUCAAAAGCUCUCGCUGUGGUAUUUGCCAACAAGAUCCUCGGUUCGUUCGCGUGGAUUAUUCCUGUAUCUGUAUGCAUCUCAAUAGUUGGAUCUCAAAACGGGGGUUACCUGUUGCGUGCCCGCCUGCCUUUUGUCGCAGCUAGAGACGGUAACUUACCAAAGAUAUUCGGGAUGAUACACGUCGAUCAUUACACCCCGGUACCUGCUAAUUUAUUAAACGGUGGAAUCAUCAUAUUUCUUAUAAUACUUGGUGACUUCGAUGCCCUCAUAUACAUACAAGGAUCUGUGUUUUGGUCGUUUUACGGGUUAAGUGCAGUUAGUCUUCUUGUUUUGAGACACAAGAUGCCAAACUUGCAUAGACCAUACAAGGUCCCAAUAUUUGUUCCCAUACUAACAGUGGUGUUCUCUCUCUACUUUGUGAUUGCACCCCUUGUGCACGACCCAAGCCCCAUAUACCUUUUCCCCGUAUGUUUCUAUAUUACGUCACUGAUUAUUUAUUACGUAUUCGUCGUCAAAAAGUUAGAGCUACCGGGAAGUGACGUAGCUACCAAAUUUAUUCAAAAACUUCUAAAAGUUGCAGAAACAGAUUGGGAGGGCGGCCCUUUUAACGAUAAAAGGUAGCUAUAUAUGUAUACUGUGUUUAUCAAAUUCGUGAUUAUUUAAUCUCUUCUUGAACAACACAAUAAGCAUUUGGUGAACAUUAUUCAUGUAAUUUGUAUUAUACGUCAUACAACUUCAAGAUGCGCAGCAGCAAGAUUUUAAAAACGCUUUAUCUGUUUGCUUUCUUCUUACAACUCGUCGCUUCUUAUUUUUCUUCCAGCCAUUGGAUUAGCU